CUCAACGUUUUACACGGUGGCUGCAGCUAGGCUCGGCGAGUUGUGUUCGGGAGAUAUAGAUAUAACAACCCCCCGCCUACACGCGCAAAACACGAACCAACUUUUGAGGCCUGCUGCUGUUUUUUUUUCUCCGGAGAGUGUUCAAAAUGAGUGACGGUCCUGUACUCGUCCGUCUGAGGAGAAAUCAGUCCGGGUCGCAAUGGGGAUUUACCAUGCAGGGGGGAUAUGACCAAGGCUCGUGUUUAUAUAUUCAGAAGGUAAAUCCCAAAAGUAUUGCGUAUAAAAGUGGAUUACGUGUUGGAGAUGGUAUUAUAAGGAUAGGGAACACCCCAGCACAAUAUCUCAACCACCCAGACGCCAAAAUGGAAAUCAUAAGGGCCGGGAAUGAACUAGAUUUCGUCGUUCAGAGAAAUGUGGUUGAUUUGGGACAGGGCGAUCACGUUGAUGCUCAACUGUCACACCACGUGACCGAAUCUAGCCAAUCCACAGUCGAGGAAGAAUCAACGGCCUACCGUGGAUACACCAACCCCAACGUUCAGUCAAGGUCUUUCAAAAUCCUCCAACAGUCCCUCAACUAUUCCGAAGCCUCAGGUGGUUGCUCUCCCUCAGACACCGCCAAGGGACAAGUCUUUGCCCUCAGUGACUUAUUACAAUUCGUAGAAUAUCAGUAAAAGGGACACCUUUGUUAUCUCUCAUAACCAUUUCCAACAAUGGGAAACUCCGACUUCAUGUAGAGGAAAUUUACAGUUUUGAAUAGAAAAUAGUAUUAAAACUUUCGGUCGAACUAUCUGACAGAAAAAAGCAAAUUCUUGCCAACCUACCUAUAUAGUUCCGUACCGACGUCAUUUUUACACAAGCCUCUAUGAAUACACAAGCCUAUGUGAAAGCAUGCCUCCUUUUUCUGUGAAGUUUGUUUUAUGAUUUUUUAAAAGUUUUUAUGUGUCCGUUCGUUUUCCCUUUGUGCAUUGGUCGUAAUUUUUGUUGUAUUUUGUUUUUGAUUUUUUUUUCUUCAUUUUAUGUGUUUGUUGUUGUUGGCAAUGAAACGCCUUUCUUUGUUUAAGAAUCAUUAUUGUUAUGAAUAUUGUGAUGUAAUUAAUUUGAUAUUUAUACACGAGAUUUAUAAUAUACAUGUAUAUAUUUGUAAUGUUCUUGGAGAGUUCAUGUAUAAUUGUGAAAAUAAUAAAAGUUGGAUUUUGAUAAAGUUGAGAAAA